UGGACAGCCAGACAGGCAGACACCAACCAGAUUACUUUCAGUCCACCUCCGGUGGGAGCAUUUAAUUCUCCCUGCACCCUGCUCAGCUGCCUUCGUGUCAGAGGAGGCGCAGUCCACCAGGGGCGCCCGGGGUGGGAAGGGAGCCAGCCUUUGGCUGCCAAGGGGUGCGGAUCCCCGAGGAUCUCGACCUGGCCCGCUGGGAUGGGUUCUGUCUCCUCCGUGCUGGCGCGGUCCCGCAACACCGUCGUGCAGCCGGGAUCGUCGCCGCCGCAUCAAGAAGUGCCGCUCGCUGCUCCCGCGUCUCUCAAAGACUCUAGAACCCAGCGUCGGGUACUCGGGCAUCAAGGCUCUUUCAGACCUUCCCCAGCCUGGGAACCGCCGCCGGCCAAGCACAGCCAGCAGGAGCUUCCAAAGUUGGAGAGCGCGGAGCUGUCCCCCGUGCGGAGGCGUUUGCCAGCUAUGUCCCAGUCCUCCCCCAGCGACAGCCCAGGAGAGACUGGCACUGGGAAGACAGAAGAGUUGAACACCCAGACAGACGCCACAGAAAAACAGCCAGCUGCAGGAGAACAAGUUGCAAAUGAAGCAGGAGACAAGAAUGCCAGACCACUUGCUCGCUUCUCCCGGUCUAAGUCACAGAACUGCCUGUGGAACUCCCUCAUUGAUGGGCUCACUGGGAAUAUUAAGGAGAAACCACGGCCAACAAUUGUCCAGGACACGCGACCCCCAGAAGAAAUUCUGGCAGAUGAGUUGCCACAGCUGGAUAGCCCAGAAGCUUUGGUGAAGACAUCUUUCAGGUUACGGUCUUUGGUCAAGCAAUUAGAACGAGGAGAGGCCUCUGUGGUAGACCUUAAGAAGAAUCUGGAAUAUGCAGCCACAGUGCUUGAAUCUGUAUAUAUUGAUGAAACAAGGCGACUGCUGGAUACAGAGGAUGAGCUUAGUGACAUUCAAUCAGAUGCUGUGCCUUCAGAAGUUCGGGAUUGGCUGGCCUCCACCUUCACACGGCAGAUGGGGAUGAUGCUUAGGAGAAGUGAUGAGAAGCCCAGGUUCAAGAGCAUCGUCCAUGCGGUGCAAGCUGGGAUAUUUGUGGAAAGAAUGUACAGACGGACAUCAAACAUGGUUGGGCUGAGCUAUCCACCGGCUGUAAUCGAUGCAUUGAAGGAUGUGGAUACGUGGUCCUUCGAUGUCUUUUCCCUCAAUGAGGCCAGUGGAGAUCAUGCACUGAAGUUCAUUUUCUAUGAAUUACUCACACGUUAUGACCUGAUCAGCCGUUUUAAGAUACCGAUUUCUGCACUUGUCUCAUUUGUGGAGGCCCUCGAAGUGGGUUACAGCAAGCACAAAAAUCCUUACCAUAACCUGAUGCAUGCAGCUGACGUCACACAGACUGUGCAUUACCUCCUUUAUAAGACAGGAGUAGCAAACUGGCUGACAGAGCUGGAGAUCUUUGCAAUAAUCUUUUCGGCUGCCAUCCAUGACUAUGAACAUACUGGAACUACAAACAAUUUCCACAUUCAGACUCGGUCAGAUCCAGCUAUCCUGUACAAUGACAGAUCUGUCCUGGAGAACCACCACCUGAGUGCAGCCUACCGCCUUCUGCAGGAAGACGAAGAGAUGAAUAUUCUGGUUAACCUCUCAAAGGAUGACUGGAGGGAGUUUCGAACUUUGGUUAUUGAGAUGGUAAUGGCCACAGAUAUGUCCUGUCAUUUCCAGCAAAUCAAAGCCAUGAAGACAGCCCUGCAGCAACCAGAAGCAAUUGAGAAGCCGAAAGCCUUAUCCCUCAUGUUACACACAGCAGACAUCAGUCAUCCUGCGAAAGCAUGGGACCUGCACCACCGCUGGACCAUGUCUCUCCUGGAGGAGUUCUUUAGACAGGGUGACAGAGAAGCAGAGCUGGGGCUGCCAUUUUCUCCUCUUUGUGACAGAAAGUCAACCAUGGUUGCUCAGUCACAAGUGGGUUUUAUUGACUUCAUUGUGGAGCCCACCUUCACUGUGCUCACGGACAUGACCGAGAAGAUUGUGAGUCCAUUAAUUGACGAAAGCUCCCAGACUGGUGGGACAGGGCAGAGGAGAUCAAGUUUGAACAGCAUCAACUCAUCAGAUGCAAAGCGAUCCGGUGUCAAGAGUUCUGGGUCAGAUGGAAGUGCUCCCAUCAACAAUUCUGUCAUUCCUGUUGACUAUAAGAGUUUUAAAGCCACUUGGACUGAGGUGGUGCAGAUCAAUCGGGAGCGGUGGCGAGCCAAGGUACCCAAAGAAGAAAAAGCCAAGAAGGAAGCUGAAGAGAAGGCUCGCCUGGCUGCUGAGGAAAAGCAAAAGGAAAUGGAAGCCAAAAGCCAAGCUGAACAAGGCACAACCAGCAAAGGCGAGAAAAAGACAUCAGGAGAAGCCAAAAGUCAAGUCAAUGGAACACGCAAGGGUGAUAACCCUCGUGGGAAGAACUCCAAAGGAGAAAAGGCAGGCGAAAAGCAGCAGAACGGUGACUUGAAAGACGGUAAAAAUAAGGCAGACAAGAAGGAUCACUCCAACACCGGAAAUGAGUCAAAGAAAACAGAUGAUCCAGAGGAGUAGAAAAGACCUCACAUAGACUGAGGCUGCCAGUGUCUCCCGCCAUUUUAGCUGAGCUUCUCCAUUCUCCUUCUUCCACAAAGACUCAUAGCUGGGGAAGGUGUACAGCUUUCAAAGCCAAGUCCCACAUUUGGCCUUCUCUCUCCCUCCCAGGGGCCUCUGGGGGUUGGCUUGAGGUCUUAGAAUUCUGGGGGAUUUCUUUCCCUGAACACACAAAACCCAUGUGUGGUUCCUUAUGUUCUUUUUAUUUUCAUUUUGGUUUCCCCCCCAUCCCCAGCCCAGCAGAAAUCAAACAUGAAAGGCCACUUUAUAAUCCAUUACUAGUAAUCUGGCUUUCUGGACCUGGUGAAAGACUGCCAUUCCGGAUGCGCUGAGUGAGACCUGGAGACUGCCGUUUUGUUUUUGUUAAUGCUGUUAUCUUAGAUUGUUGCCUUUCACCCCGGCUCCUGAUGGUGAAUAUAGCCAGACUGGCCUUCAUUACGACUACAGUGAAAUGCCAAUCUCUGGUUCUUUUAUUUUUCAUCAGUCAACAACUUUCAUUUUUUUUUCAGUUUACUUUAUGACUUAAAAUUAAGAACAAUUUUUUCCCAUUUGUGUAAUACAAAACUGUUUUUUAAAGAGGAGCUUAUCCUGUAGGUCUCUGUAUUUGAUGCUUAAUUUAUUAUCUGUAAAUUCAUAAAUAUAUACUUGAAUGUGUUAGCUGAUGACCAUAUUGCCAGGCGGGUUCCCCAGUGCUGUGACUGGGAAGUACCAAUCACUACAAUGUCGCUCAAAUGUUGACCACUGUCUGUUCAUUUUCUUUUGAAUAUCUAUAAAUUGGCCUCAUUAAUUUAAAAAUGCUUUAGAAAGGGAAGUGAUAAGGGACCCAGAACCAGAGAGAUGAGAUUCAUUUAAAUGAGAUUUUUAACACUAUAAAGGAGUUUAUUAAUAGCACAAAUAGAAAAUAAAGAUAAGAUAUUUGGUAGGAAAAGGGAAUAAAAGUAGAUUUUUCUGAAGCCAAACAGAAAGUGGGAUCCAGUGAAAUGCAAGGAAGGUGUGAUUUUUUUCCCCCCAUCAUUUGAUUUGGAUGUAUUUUUAUUUUAUAGUUUUAGGUCCUUUUUGAACAUAAUGCAUGUCUUAUAGGAUUAAUGUUAGGGAAAAAAAAAUGAACUAGGUAAUAAACUUAGAUGAGCUCCACAGAUUUAAUUUCUAUAUUAAAAGCAUACAGUCAGAUAUUUUAAAGUAUCUGUAUUGCUGAAAUAAGUUAUUAGUGUUUCUUGAGAGGUUAAAGAAGACUGUGUAGGGUCCUUACGACCUCUUGGCUCACAGAAACAGGCUACAGCAGGAAGUCGGGAAGAAAGUUGUUGCCUGGAGCACACAGAACCGAUGUUUACUGACUUUUCUCUGUUGGUUGUAUAUUUGGCCUCAUCACAACACUGACACUUCUUCAUUGCUCUAUCUGCUUUCCUAACUAAACUAUGAGCUUUCAGAUUUAAAUAACUUUGGGAGCAUAGAUGGAAGGGCCAAAUGUCAUGAUUAGAACAAGCCAUGUAAUAUCUAAGUAUUGGAAUACAAGGCAGUUUGAUGGGCUGUGAUAUCAAGGAGACAGUAAGAAAGAGUAAGAAUGUUGGGGUCCUGGAGAGGCAUGGCUGUGAGAGAAGAGUGAGGAUGCUCAGGAAUUGAUGAGGCUGGGUGUUAGUGAAGAGUAAGGAUGGGGAGGAACUGCUGAAGGAGAUGCUGUGGUAAGAAAGCAGCAGCCCAGUAUCAUGGGCUAUAUCUGUGCUGUGUAGGAACAGGGGUCCUACGUACACAGUAUUUUGUGUAAAUCUCCUACAAAGUUUUAUACAUUGGCUUCGAAUUCAGAUGCUUACGCUGCACUAGUGCAAGAAAAUGUGCUUAUGAGCUGCAUGCCACCCAGGGAUCACCGGAUUACAAACUGUGUUCUUAAAGGUAGACUGAUUCCGUGUGUCAAUUCAAUGCUUGAGUGUAUGCAGUCUAUGCCUUUGGAACAUGGGCCUUUUACCUCACAUCUACUCUAUAUUUUUGUAUGUGAAGCACUUGGGCAGUUGAUACAGAAUGCCUACUGCUUCAUUUUAUAAUCUAGCAAAUAAUACUACACAAUAUUUAAAAAGAAAUAGGAAUAUAGCCAUUUCUCUAGAAUCAGUGAAGAUGUAAAUGAUUUAAAUUUGCUGUUAGCCACUAAUCUGCUGAAAAAGAAUGGGAAAAGAAGGAACAAAAGCUCUGCUAACUCAGUCCCAGCAUUCUACUUCUCAAGUGUCAAAGCACAUUGACUACACAUGCAAAGCCAUUUGUUUAGCAGCACACUACUCUGCUCUAAACUCAUCCUAGAUCUGAUACCACAUUAGAAUAAUUAUUCCAGGUCAGUAUUCACAAGAAGAAACAAUAUUUCCAAAGCUCUAGCAUUUUUUAACGUGGGUUUUGCUUUUCUUGAAACAGCUUCUUCCAAGUUUUGCUUUGAUAUCCAACCGGCAUCAUCCCAUACCCCAGUUAUCAUCUUGCUCUGGUUCAUGUGCAUAGUGCAGCCUUGCACACCAGAGUUACUAUAAGAAACCGUGGGCACAUCAGUGGCCUCAUACUCAUUAGUAUUACAAUAAAUACUUUUCAUGUUUCUGAGUAUAGCUUGAUAACUGGAAUCACUUCUUGAGUUGUACCUUCAUAUCACCCAACAAGUCUAUAUCCAAGUUAUGUCACUAUGGUCUCAUCUCAGGACAGAGGGACUGAUCCUUACGGAGUUGUGGUUUUUAUUUCUUAUUUGUAGCUGCCUUUCCUAGUCUGUGUGUCCCAGUAGCUUAUGGCAUCAAUUAAAAGAUACAUUUCUAAAUCAUUAAAGCACUUUUUUCCACUGGCCGUUUUGUUCUUGGAACUUUUAAGAAACUAUUGAAGACAUCUGACAGGAUUCUGCGCACAUCUACCUUUAUAGACAUCAUGAUAAGCACUAAAGGCAAAGGCAAGCUAGUGUUGCAGAUUUAUCUCCUUUGUAGAAUCUCAGACAUCAUAUUUUCUAACUCCAGCCAUGACAUUAGAAAGCAUAAAAAUGAAAAGGGAAGGGUAAUGUUAUCAUACAGUGUGAGGGGAGGGGGCUAUUUUGUGCUCCACAUUCUGGCACUUGGGAACCUGAACUCUCUUCUCUCAUGAGUAAGUUUUCUUUACACAGACUUUAUGAGUCAAUGGGAGGAGAGAUGGGGGGACAAAUAAGGUAUAUCUUCCUCUGGUGUUUGUUAAUGUGUGAGUAGACAUUUUAUAACGAGAAACAUUUUAUAAUGUUCUCCCAAUGAGUGUGGGGAAAAAAAUAAUAAAAAGUAGAAAAUCCUUUUCAUGAUGAGACAGAGAAGAUUCCAGGAUUGCAAGUCUGAGUGUAGCAUAAUUUUCCAAAUAAAAGAGAUUGGGGGAGUACCUUUAUUCCCAGUCAGACUCUUCAUUCUAACACUGAGAUGCCCAGCCACACUGCAGGAAUUAGAGGUCUGGUCUGUCACAGUGCCUGUCACCCAGCCAACAUUCAGGACACAUGGGAGCACUGUCAGAUGGAAUCAUACUGUCCCCUUCCAAUUCAAACAAAGUUCAAAUUUCCUUUACAACAUAUUCCAAACCUUCUCCUUCCAUGUGGCUGUAUUCAUGAGACUUGCAUUCUGGGUAAAUGCAGACAUACUUGAAUCACAAGGGGAAACAGCAGGCUAUUUGGGGAAAUUGUCAGAGCUAACAAGUGCAUGAAAGUCGAUUAAUAUAUUUUCUGUGGCCUUUAAUUUUGAGAAAGAACAACAAAAACAAAACAAAAAAAUGAAUAAAUAAAAUCAAUGAAAUGAGGUUCUUCAGAGACUGAACCAGGAGGGAUAAUGCCACAGAACUGCAGGAAGUGCUCAUGACUCUGCUUAGAAUCCAAGCUGAAACUUGGACGCUCUUGAAACAAAUGGGAAAUACUAUCAAUGCAGCAUGAGAAAUCACUGCAGGGUUUGCUCUGCUACCGUGGUGGGCACAACGCCCAGCUGCAGUGAAGCUGAGUGUUAUUGAAUAUAAUGUUUCAAUAAUGAUGUUAUAUUGGUUCUUAUUCUUGAACAAAUGGAAAAUUAUACUUGUAAUCCAUCAACAGCGAUCCGUGAUUAAAGGCCUCAUUAUCACUGAGAAAGAGAGCAUAAUGAGCUGCCAGUUAUGAACAGCAACAACGUUCCUGUGAAACCAGGGGACUCAUUACCCUAUGUCCAAGCAGAAACACUGGUGGGCACAGAGGUGGCCCUGAAGUCAGGAUAUAACCAGGGCCACCUACUGAUUUGACUGCAGUGUUUAGCAAAUGUGAGUAAGGUUAGAAAAAUGUGAGCUUCUCAGUGGAUCUUUGUAUGGGGGAUGUUCUCUCCAGGAGAUCUCCUGUGAUGAGCAAAGCCAGCCUCAUUUAAGAACUUGUUUUCUCAGGAAACAAUGGUGAGGCCAGCAGGAGACCUGAUCCGAGAAGUUCAAGGUCAGGCUUUAAAGACUGAAGUUCUGAUUAUCUUCUUAUAUCAACGCUGCUUCCCAUUUUCACUCAAAAUAUCGGCACACAUAUUAGAGAUGAAUUAGCAUUCAUCCUGACUUUUGUUCAAGUGGAACUGGGUUAACACUGGCAAGGGCAGGUUUCCCUGAUACACCUGUUCCCAAACUAAGGGGCCAUUGCAGAGUCAGGAACAGGAGAAUGGUGGAACCUUUCAGCUCAACCAGAACACACUUACCUAGCUUCUCUGCUGGGGAUUCAUCUGCCUUCUGUGUGACUGCUGACUGUACCAGUCCACAGUCAGUGUCAGUACUGAGCAUCUUUUCUGGAGGGCUCAGGCUCACCCAUUGCCUCUGAGGCUCCCACAUGGACACACUCUUCAUGGGAGCUGAAGUCUACACUUGCAGAAGCACUCACAGGCAAGCUCACUAGAGCCCUGGGGCUGAAAUGGCUUUUAACCAAGUGCUCAGGAGGCAUACCUCUGCUUAUAUCUGCUCUUCUUAUGUGCUCUAUACUAGGGAGGGGGCUUUGUAUACUGCUGCCCUUGUCUUCAAAUAGGUAUACAUGUGAUAUGUGUGAUGAUAUAAAAAACACACACAUUAAUACUUAUAGCUUUAUAGUGAAAAUCUACAGCCAUACAUACCAUCCAGUGAUGGAUUCUAGAAACAGACUGUAGAGAAUUCCUUUCUUUCUUUUUUUUUUUUUCUUGUUUUGAGGCGAUUUUAUACAAUUUUAUAUGCUGUAAGAUUUUAAAAUAUUUUUGCUAUUUUCAUUUGUAGAUCUUGGCUCGGGUUGUCUUAGCUCUUUUGUUCCGCUGUACAGGGACACCCGCUUGACUUUUGAAGUAUCCUCUCCCUGCUUCAUGCCCUUCCCUUCGUGGUUUCCUUUGUGUCUCACAUUUUCUGUCAUUUCCCAAGUCUCUUCAGUGGCUUCUGUCCAGAUAAGCCAUGCUACCUGCAGUAUCAUUUGAGCACAGAGAAACACAAAAUAGUGGGGGGGGGGCACAUUUUCUAGUGUAAUCCAAAUGAGGAAGUGUUAAGUGUCUAAAGCAAAGUGAAGAAGCUAUACAGGGAGAAAGGGAUAUAUUGGUAAAGGGAGGCAAGGACAAGGAACUCAGAAUGGGAGGAAAUUUUUCAAAGCAACUUACAGGUUAAUACAAUGUUUUGUCUUCCUUGAUUGUAGGACAUUUUUUUUUUUCUGUUACAAGGGUUUUUUCCUCUGGAUGUUAUGUUCUCAUCAUGAGUCUGUAGACUCACUCAUUCCUUGUAGGGAGCUUCUCUCCCCUGCCUAUAUAGGAAUAGAAGGUAGAAACCCUUUCUAAGCCUUAGAUGUUGCUGCUGUUCAGAUCCAGACGGCUAGAUUUGUGACAAGUGUCUAAAAUGCUGUCAAGAACAUUUAGCAGAACUCUGAAGAAAGAAGGCUGCCAGCCUGCCAGACUUUUCCCAGAUUAGGCCACAUACCUAGUUGUUGGGAGAGGGGGAGUUAAGAAAUGUAUGGUUGUGGUACUGCAGAUGCCUUUCCAAAAAGGAAGAUCGGAAAUGGCUUGUGUUUACUUCAUGGCACAAUAUCAUGUACUUCCCUGAUGUGAGGGAGUCUCAGGCAGACAUAGUGCAGGUUUCAGCUUGCAUGUAUCCAUCACAGAGCAAGGGAAUGGCCAUCCAUUCUAAGGAAAAGUAUUCUGUCCCCUAUGGUGCUGUACCGUCAUGCUAAUUGUUCACACACUGUAACAUCACACCUCCAAAUGCAAAAUCGAAGCACGGGAUUCAUGUAAAAACAGAGAGUGCCAAACUGCUGUUAAAACAUUUAAAAAUAUGUUUAUUGUAAAUCUUUAUUGCACAAAAGAGCCUGAUAAUCCUUCAUGUAUAAUUCCCCCUAACAUCUAGUAAUAAAUAAUUGUAUGUUCCUCUAAUUGUCAAAUAAAGACAUUAGUUAACCUCUUUAUUGGAAUUUGAAA